AAAAAUCAGAAAAAAAGACAAACAAAAAACAAAAAAAAAAAAAGUUUAGCUGCGUCAUUUUUUUGCUUUUUUUUUUUUUUGCUUUUCUUUCUUUUUUGACCUUAAUCUUUAGGAAGCAUCUAUUGUGAAAGUAAAAUGAAAUGAAAGGUUUUCAUGACAAUAACCACUCGAAUGAGACAUCCUCUUCUUACAAUGACCCUGGAAAGAUUAGCAAUUUUACACUUUUACCCUUAAAACAUAAAGCGGGUGGUCAUGUAGCCAUGUUUCGUUUAUCCAAUGGGCCUUUAUGUAAGGCCAUCAAAACCAAUGAAGACGCUUUCUAUAAGGAUCUCUUACGACAUGGUGGAUUAAAAGCUUUUCUACCUAGAUAUAUGGGUGUAAUUCAUGUAUCUUAUAACCAGCAAGGUUGUCCUGAGAUUGCUCUGGAAAGUGAUCGUCGACGAUUAUGUCAAUUCCAGCAGCAACAACCUGUGAUGCCGUCACCUUCACCUUCUCCGUCUCCAUCACCAUCACCUUCUCCACCCACAACGCCACCGACAACACUUCAUAAUACGACAGUGGAUGCGAAUCCGACACCAACCAAAUCAGAUGCCAUAGGCGAAGCAUUUAUGGUCAUGGACGACUUAACACUCGGUCUGAAGAAGCCGUGUAUAUUAGACUUGAAGAUGGGUGUUCGACAACAUGGUGUUUAUGUGACACCUGAAAAGAUGGCAAGUCAAAAGUUCAAAUGUGAGCAGUCCACAAGUAAACAGCUAGGCGUUCGAGUAUGUGGGAUGCAGGUCUAUCAAUUAGAUGUACACACCUACAGUGUUCAGGAUAAAUACGUGGGACGUACCUUGACGCCUGAAUUUUUCCAAGAUACUGUGUAUCACUUCCUACAUAAUGGUAUUGAAUUGUUGAUCGAUUUUAUACCCGUUCUGAUUGAAAAAUUACAGCAAUUAUACGUUGAAAUUGAGAAAAUGGUUGGCUAUCGAUUCUAUGGCUCAAGCCUAUUGAUUGUAUAUGAUGCACUUAAUGUAAAUAGUUAUAAUACUACCACACGUACCCAUACUAAUUUCUCUAAACCGACAAACGCAACAACAAAAUCACCUCCGUCACCCACUGUAAAUAAACAGCAUAAGAAUAGCCCACAGAACCAAAUCACUAUGAACUUGAUCGAUUUCACGCACUGUAUAACGAAAAAGGAACUUGAAGAAAACCAGAAGAAUAUGACAUACCCACCCGAGAGAGGCUCUCAAAGCCCAGACGAUGGCUUUUUACAAGGACUGACAAGCUUAAUAACCAUCUUGACUGAUAUUUACCAUCGAGAAAUCAAUAAUAAAAAAAGAUAAAAUACGAAAA